AUCUGAAGCUGCAUCAGUUGCAUGGACCCAUUAUACAACUACAGAGAGAGCAGGGCCACUGCUUGCAAGACUCCACUAUCAAUCAGAUCUCAAUAACCUCACUAAAAGUGACAAUCUCAAUGAACAAGAUGAAGUACCGGUACCCACUGAUGACCAACCAAGCUCUGAAGAUGGACAAUUUGACCUCUACACGGCCCAGUCCCUAGUUUGUGAGCUCAACAAACAGGUGAUGAUGUUUCAAGCAUUAGCAGCAGAAGCCACGUUCAUUACACAGCAAGCUACAUUUGAGGUACAAGAGCAGCCCCUCCCCGGCCCCCCCAGAUGAUGAAGCCAGAGAAAUGCAAGACAUCCCUGAAAAUAUUACGAUAGAAACCGUUGUAUCACAAGACACCACAUGGCAGCAAAGUGAUGAAGUCAUAGCAACGCAAGACAACUCUGCAGUAUUUGGCCGAAGUAUUUUUUGAGUGAUAAUGUGUCAACUUAUUCACCCACAGGGUUCGUGAACUCUCAACGUCCAAGGUGGGUACUCUGCUACGCAUCAGUGGGCAAGUGGUACGGACGCACCCUGUCCAUCCCGAGCUGACCAAUGGGACGUUUCUCUGUCUCGAGUGUCAGAAGGUCAUCUCUGAUGUUGAGCAGCAGUUCAAGUUCACACAACCAACAGUGUGUAAGAAUCCUAACUGUCAGAACAGAAGACGGUUCAUGCUUGAUGUCAAAGCCUCGCGGUUUGUUGACUUCCAGAAAGUGCGUAUCCAGGAGACACAGCAGGAGCUGCCACGAGGCUCCAUCCCCCGAAGUCUUGAGAUUAUUCUGCGAGCUGAAGCUGUAGAGAUGGUGCAGGCUGGAGACAAGUGUGACUUCAUCGGGACGCUCGUUGUCGUCCCUGACGUCUCACAGCUGCGUACAGAGGGAGUGAGGGCGGAGACAUCGACUCGUAUGCGUGAUGGGGAGGGGUACGAUAGGGACGGAGUGAGAGGACUCAAGGCUCUCGGUGUAAGAGACCUCACUUAUCGACUGGCGUUUCUAGCAUGUGCUGUACAACAGACACAGCCCGGGUUUAGUGGGCGUGAUUUGACAGGGGAGGAUCAAACAGCGGAGAGCAUUCGUAAGCAGAUGACCGAUGCCGAGUGGUCACGUAUCUACGAGAUGAGUCAGGAUAAAAAUCUUUACCAGAACCUCAUCAACUCACUCUUCCCCACCAUUCACGGCAACGAUGAGGUGAAGCGAGGUGUUUUACUGAUGCUGUUCGGUGGUGUUCCCAAGACGACCAUGGAGGGGACUCAUCUCCGUGGAGACAUCAAUGUGUGCAUCGUGGGGGACCCAUCCUGUGGCAAGAGCCAGUUCCUCAAGAGAGUGGAGGAGUUCAGUCCUCGUGCAGUGUACACUAGUGGCAAGGCCUCGACAGCAGCUGGACUCACAGCUGCCGUGGUCAAGGAUGAGGAGAGUCACGAGUUUGUUAUAGAGGCUGGCGCUCUCAUGCUCGCUGACAAUGGAGUUUGUUGUAUUGACGAGUUUGACAAGAUGGAUCUCAAAGACCAAGUAGCCAUUCAUGAAGCCAUGGAGCAACAGACCAUUUCAAUCACCAAGGCUGGUGUCAAGGCAACCCUCAAUGCUCGUACAUCCAUCCUAGCUGCGGCUAAUCCGAUUGGUGGUCGCUAUGACCGGUCAAAAUCACUCAAGAUGAACAUCCAGCUCACUGCCCCCAUCAUGUCGCGCUUUGACCUCUUCUUUAUCAUAGUGGACGAAUGUAACGAGGUGACUGACUAUGCCAUCGCUAGGCGUAUUGUGGACCUCCACAGUCACAAGACAGAGGCAGUGGAGCGUGUCUAUUCCCUCGAGGAGAUCCAACGCUACGUAUUGUUUGCUCGUCAGUUCAAGCCUCGUAUCAGCCCCACCUCUGGUGAGUACAUGGUGGAGCAGUACAAGAAGUUACGGCAGAGAGACUGCUCGGGCGUGGCUCGGUCGUCAUGGAGAAUCACCGUGAGACAGCUCGAGAGUUUGAUACGACUCGCGGAGGCCAUGGCUAGGAUCCACUGCUCUGAUGAGGUACAACCCAAACAUGUGAAGGAAGGCUUUCGUUUGCUCAAUAAGUCUAUUAUUCGUGUGGAGACUCCUGACAUCAACUUUGACGAGGAUGAACAGAUCAUCAAUGUAAUAAAUGGGGACUGCAUGACCAAUGGUGAGGAUGGUGUCAAUGGCGAGAAUGGAGUGAACGGCCACACUCCAAUAGACCAAUCAGAUCCAUCCACCCAACCGCCGGUGAAAACCAAGAAGAUACGAGUUACAUAUGAGGAAUAUCGCAUCAUCUCCAACCUGCUCAUCCUGCACAUGCGUCAGAGCGAGGAGGCAGACAAAGAUUCUAGCGGAGUUCGUGAAGGUGACCUAGUGAACUGGUACCUGAAGGAGGUGGCUGAUGAUAUAGAGAAUGUGGAGGAGCUGACGGAGAAGAAGCUCCUCGUGGAGAAGGUCAUCGAGAGACUUGUGCAACAUGACCACAUUCUGUUGCCGUUGGUGAUGGGGGAGGAGUCAGACGAAGAUCCAUUCCUGGUGGUUCAUCCCAACUACGUCGUUGAGACAUGAACACAUCGAACAUUAUUUUGUUCAACGACUUAUAAACUUGGCAAACAUUUUUACCAGUUAUAUACAUGUACAUGUAUUGAACACAUACUUAUAAUUAUGCAUUCCUCAAUAUUUGUGUACCUAGUACGCUGAUAAUUAUAAUUUUUAAA